AUGGCCGCGGCUGCGGCCGAGGUGCCGUGCUGCGUCGACAAGGCUUGCGGGACAGAUGACGCCCAGGGCGAACCUCCAGAGUCCGCGUUCGAGUGCAACAUCUGCUUGGACCUGGCCAAGGAGCCCGUGGUGACGCUGUGCGGACACCUGUUCUGCUGGCCGUGCCUCUACAGGUGGAUGCAGGUGCAGAGCUACACUCGGGCUUGCCCAGUAUGCAAGGCAGGGGUCGAGGUUGACAAGGUGAUCCCCAUAUACGGCAGGGGCAGCGACUUCGACCCGCGCCAGGCGGAGGCCGUGAAGGUGCAGCCCGUGCCGCCGCGGCCGGCUGGGCAGCGGCCGGCGGCGGUCGCGCCCGGCGCGCCGGCGGGCGGCCAGCAGGGCAUGCUUCCUGCGCUAUUCGGGUUCCAGCUUGGCCCGGGGCAGGGCUAUGUGGAGGCGCUCACGCCGGAGCAGCAACACCAGAUCAUGUGCCUCCUGUUGUUCUAA